AAGAAAAACUCGUAACUAAUAAUUCGGGAAACAAAAAUCGCAACUCCGGAACACAUAGAUCUGCGCCUGGGAUUUCGCCUCCCGAAGCUUCCGACCGCCGCCGACGCCAUGGCUUCCGGCGACGACGAGCGCAGCACCGUCACUGCCUCGUCCUCGAAGCACCACCACCACGGUAAGGACAAGGACCGGGACCGCAACCGCGAUGGCUCCUCAUCCAGCCACCACCGCGACAAGGACCGCGGCCGCUCCUCUCGCCACCACCGCGACGACAAGGACGGCGAUCCGGAUCGCCACCACAGGGAAAAGGAUCGGGAUCGCGAGGAGAGGAAGGCGCGGAAGCGGGAGCGGGAGAAGGAGAAGGAACGGGCGCGGCGCCGCGAGGAGAGGGACAGGGAUAGAUCGAGACGGCGGGAUGCGGAUGGGGAGGAGGACGACAGCAGCGACCGCAAGCGCCGUCGCCGGUCCUCGCACCAACACCGGGAAGCGGAGCUGGAGGCGGCGCCCGCGCCCAGGGAGGAGGAGCCGAAGAGGGGGCAGCAGAUGAAGUACGUGGAGGACAUGGAGGCCGAGCAACAGCGACUUGAGUACGAGAUGGAGCGCCGCCGCCGCCGCAUCAAGGAGUGGCAGGAGAGCCGUCGCGAGCAGCAGGAUGCCGGGGCCGCGGCAGCUGAUGCGGACGGUGGUGGCAAGGCGGGGAAGAAUUGGACCUUGGAGGGCGAGGAGUCUGACGAGGAGGGGGAUAAGGAGGAUGACAACAAGUUGGAGGAGAAUGGAAGCGGCGGUGCCAUGGAUGUUGGUAUACAGAACGGGGCUAAUGAUACCAGUGGCCGUGCUGAUAUGGAGGAGGACGAGAUUGAUCCGCUUGAUGCAUUCAUGAACUCAAUGGAAUUGCCGGAAGUUGCAAAGCUGGAGAGUGCUGCAGCAGCAGUGGAUGGUGUACGGUCUUCUAGUGUGGAUGAUAAAAACACGAAGGAUGCUGUCAGUAAUGGGGAUAAGAAAGGAUUGAGGAGGGCCAUGGGGAGAAUAAUGCAAGGGGAUGACUCAGACUCGGAUUGCGAUGAUGCUGAGGAUGAUGAUGCUGGAUUGGAGGAUGAGGAUGAUGAGGAGUUCAUGAAGCGUGUGAAGAAGACAAAGGUCGACAAGCUGGCUGUUGUGGACCAUUCCAGGAUUGACUACCAGCCGUUUCGGAAGAAUUUCUACAUUGAGGUAACGGAUAUCACAAAGAUGACAUCCGACGAAGUGGCCGUCUACCGGAAGCAGUUGGAGCUCAAGGUGCAUGGGAAAGAUGUGCCGAAACCAAUGAAGACAUGGGUACAGAGUGGGCAGACUAGCAAGCUCCUCGACACCAUCAAGAAGCUUGAUUUUGAGAAACCGAUGCCUAUACAAGCACAAGCGUUGCCGGUCAUAAUGAGUGGGCGUGAUUGUAUAGGAGUUGCAAAAACUGGAUCCGGCAAGACUCUCGCAUUUGUCCUUCCGAUGCUGAGGCAUGUCAAAGACCAACCGCCUGUUGUUCCUGGAGAUGGCCCUAUUGGGCUCAUUGUGGCUCCUACCAGAGAGCUUGUGGUGCAGAUACACUCAGACAUUAAGAAGUUUGCUAAGGUGCUUGGCAUCAAUUGUGUUGCUAUCUAUGGAGGUUCGGGGGUUGCCCAGCAGAUCAGUGAACUGAAACGGGGUGCUGAAAUCGUCGUUUGUACACCGGGCAGGAUGAUAGAUAUCCUUUGCACUAGCAAUGGGAAAAUUACUAACCUUCGGAGAGUGACGUUCUUGGUGAUGGAUGAAGCUGAUAGGAUGUUCGACAUGGGUUUUGAGCCUCAGAUUACUAGGAUAAUUCAGAACACCAGGCCAGAUAGGCAGACAGUACUUUUCUCAGCCACUUUUCCGCGGCAGGUGGAGAUGCUGGCACGUAAGGUGCUGACUAAGCCCAUCGAGAUUCAGGUGGGUGGGAGGAGUGUCGUGAACAAAGAUAUCACACAACUAGUUGAGGUGCGGCCAGAAAGUGAGAGGUUCUUCAGGCUGUUAGAGUUGCUUGGCAAGUGGUUUGUUAAGGGGAAAAUUCUUGUUUUUGUCCACUCACAAGAUAAAUGUGAUUCUCUACUUAAAGACUUGUUCCAGCAUGGAUAUCGAUGCCUGUCUCUACAUGGUGGUAAAGAUCAAUCUGACCGUGAAUCAACUGUUGCUGAUUUCAAGAGCAAUUUCUGCAGCUUGCUAAUAGCAACUAGCGUUGCUGCUCGGGGUUUAGAUGUGAAAGAACUUGAACUGGUUGUCAAUUAUGAUGUCCCGAACCAUUAUGAGGACUAUGUUCAUCGUGUUGGGCGAACAGGCCGUGCUGGUAGAAAGGGCUCUGCUGUGACUUUUAUUUCCAAGGAAGAGGAGCGGUAUGCGCCAGACCUUGUGAAGGCUCUGGAGCUCUCUGAACAGGCUGUUCCAGAUGACCUGAAAGUCUUAGCUGAUCGGUUUAUGGCAAAGGUGAAUCAGGGAACAGAGCAGACCCAUGGUACUGGUUAUGGUGGAAGCGGCUUCAAGUUCAAUGAGGAAGAGGAUGAAGCACGAAAGUCCACAAAGAAGGCUCAGGCAAGGGAAUAUGGAUACGAGGAGGUCAAGUCAGAUUCAGAUUCUGAUGAGGAAGGGGUGCGUAAGGCAGGAGAUGACUUGGAUGCACAGGCAGGAGGUGACCCGGGCGCAAAUGAUGAUACCAGAGCUCGUGCUAUUGAGACUAUUGCGAGGAUACAGCGCCAUGCAGCUCCAGAGCACUAUGAGGCUGAACUUGAGAUUAAUGAUUUCCCACAGCAUUCUCGCUGGAGGAUCACUCACAAGGAGACAUUGGGUCCUAUUCAGGAAGGUGGAGCUGCUAUCACUAUAAGGGGAACAUAUAUUCCUCAUGGAAAAAUUGUUGGUGCGAAUGAGCGCAAGCUGUACCUGUUUAUAGAGGGUUCCACUGAGUCUUGUGUGAAGAAGGCGAAAGCAGACUUGAAACGUGUCCUUGAGGAUUGUGCGAACCAGGCUCUGAAUCUUCCUAGAUCUGCUCAAACUAAAAAAUACUCUGUUAUUUGAGUUGCAGAGCAGAUAACAAAAUGGCUGACUGUCGGAGAUGUAUGGAUUUUCUUGAGAAGCUUCUAAUGGUUUGCAGAGCACAACGUUGUCAUUGGAUACUUGCAGUGUUCAGAUUGUCCCCAGCUAUGCAAUUCUUUUUUUAACCUAAGUUGUUAUAAGGCAGCUAUGGUUACUUAGUGUCACAUGGUUAUUACGGAAUAUGUCUAAAGCUGUUAUUGAAUUGGGAUGUUUCGGCAAUUUCUAUUGACGAGUUUUGGUUGCCUUUGGACAGAAUGCUUAGAACGCUGGUGGUUGUUACCACCUGUUAGUGGCUUAAUACAAGGGAAGACACUCAGCUUUCUGGAGCGGUUUUGUAAGUGCUGGUUGGGUUAUGGCACCUUGAAAUCGUAUCUUACUUUCUGUUUACUUAUGGACAUGUUACCCUUUAUGAGAAACAAUUCAAUGAUUGUGUGACCAUGAUCUAAUUAAUCCAGGUGCACGUACUGAUUUGCCCGUUCAGAAGCUAAUAAAGAGAAGCAAUAGUUUUCUCUUU